UGUUAAACUUUUCAACUUUAGUUUCGUGUUUUGUACAUUUGUUCUUAUAUCUCUCAAGCUUAUCUAAAGUUGUGUGCUUUUUUAUAUUUAAUCACAGUGUGUGGUGACUUACAUUGUAAUGAACUGUCUGUCUCAUGCGCGUUCAUUUAUUUCAUUGGGACUGCUUAAGAGAUCAAGCUAUGUCAGUUCUACUCACAUUCCAUGGAAUCAAUGUUUCUUCUAUAUGCCUUCAAAAUCAUGUUUAAAGCCUGGAGGUGUGAGUAGUGUGUUUGGAAUGUGUAGUGUUCAUUCUUAUUCCUCGAGAUCAAAGUCUGGUAAAUUAAAGAUGUCAUCUACCGUUGUUUCUGUUGCGGAUAAAGAGAAGGACGCGUUUUUCGUUGUUCGGAAAGGUGAUGUUAUUGGAAUUUAUAAGGAUUUGAGUGAUUGUCAGGCUCAAGUUGGAUCUUCGGUGUUUGAUCUUCCGGUUAGUGUUUAUAAGGGAUACUCUUUGCCUAAAGACACUGAGGAAUAUCUUUCUUCUGUUGGGCUGAAGAAACCACUAUAUAGUUUAAGAGCUUCUGACUUGAAAGAUGAUAUGUUUGGCGCUCUCACACCAUGUCUUUUCCAGGAGCCAGCUUCUUGUACAGUCAAAGUAUCGGAAGAGGAGGCUACAUCAGAGACGAAGUCAAAAGAUAAAAUUAAAGAUAACAACAAAGAUCAACUUCCUUCAGCUUCUAUAUCUUAUGAUCCUUUGGAAAAGCUUUCAAAGCUGGAGCCAUCUGCUGAUAUAUCAGACGAAACUUGCUUUAUUGAAUUUGACGGUGCAUCAAAGGGAAAUCCAGGUCUCUCCGGUGCAGCAGCGGUACUGAAAACUGAGGACGGAAGCUUGAUUUGCAGACUGCGUCAAGGUUUGGGAAUUGCCACAAACAAUGCAGCAGAAUACCACGCGUUAAUCCUAGGAUUGAAGUAUGCUAUUGAGAAAGGUUACAAGAAAAUUAAAGUGAAAGGUGACUCCAAGCUGGUCUGUAUGCAGAUUAAAGGCCAAUGGAAGGUAAACCACGAGGUACUCGCGAAGCUCCAUAAGGAAGCGAAACAACUUUGCAACAAAUGUGUCUCUUUUGAGAUCAGCCAUGUACUAAGGAAUUUAAACGCUGAUGCGGAUGAACAGGCAAACUUAGCUGUCCGUCUUUCCGCUCCGUCGCCGGCGUUUUCUUCCGGAGCUAUUUCCCGUACGACGGCGGAAAUUGACGCCGAUGAAGCUGUUGCGUACUCGGACCCAACUGAAUCGUCGACUGCGAUUCCGGUGACUAUGCCUGGAAACCUUCAGCCACGUGUCGUCGUGUACGACGGAGUUUGUCAUCUUUGCCAUGGAGGUGUGAAGUGGAUAAUCAAAGCUGAUAAGUAUAGAAAGAUAAAGUUCUGUUGCCUUCAGUCUAAAGCAGCUGAGCCUUAUCUAGAAGUGAGUGGUGUCACUAAAGAGGAUGUUCAGAAACGAUUUCUCUUCGUUGAAGGUCUCGGAUUUUACCAUCAGGCAUCAACGGCUGCACUUCGAGUGGUAUCAUACUUGCCUCUGCCGUAUUCCGCAUUGAACGCUUUCUCCAUCGUUCCCACUCCUUUGAGAGACUCAGUGUAUGACUAUGUGGCGAAGCAUCGGUAUGACUGGUUUGGUAAAGCUGAGGAUUGCUUGGUUCUGAAAGAAAAAGAGCUGUUGGAGCGGUUUAUAGACCGAGAUGAACUCAAUGAUCGAAGCUAAUGACGACCCUUUGAACGAUUGAAGUUUGAAUAUAGAUAUAAGGGAAUAUAACUAGAGGUAAUUG